AUGGGUCCUACAGGACGCCUUGUUACCAUCAAAAGAAGUGGGGUGGACGGCCCCCACUUUCCACUGAGCCUCAGCACCUGCUUGUUUGGAAGGGGUAUCGAAUGUGACAUUCGGAUCCAGCUCCCUGUCGUGUCAAAACAGCAUUGCAAAAUUGAGAUCAGUGGGCAGGAGGCAGUAUUGUUUAAUUUCAGCUCCACCAAUCCGACACAAGUGAACGGAUCCGUUAUCACGGAGCCUGUACGGCUAACGCAUGGAGAUGUGAUCACUGUUGUCGAUCGUUCCUUCAGGUAUGAAAAUGAAAGUCAUCAGAAUAGAAGCGAGUCAACGGAAUUCACAGGACAAAAAUGCAAACAGGAAUCUCUGCAUCGGGUCUCAAGAUCUGGCUUCUCUUCCGACCCUGAUGGGAAAGUUCAAGAUUCCAAUGCCCGUUCAAAACUCUGUGAAGAAAAUGUCUCAGGAAGUUCUCUGGGACACGUGAGGAAUGGCAAAGCAGCUGGCACAGUCUCGGAUGGCCCCGAAGAUCACGCUGCUAGAAAAACAAUUAAUGCCGUUUGUUCCUCAGAACUUCCUAGAGAGAACUACAGAAAUGCAAUGGAUCCUACAGCCGGGGAUUUUAAGGAAGGUUCCAGCGUACCCUUAGUGAGUUGUCAUGGAGAACUGAAGUCUUUCCCCUCUACAUGGCAUCCUGAGAACAGUGAAAACCAUGAGUCUCCCUUUAGGAAGCUUUACGAGUCCAUGAAAGAAGAGUUUGAUGUGAAAUCAGAAAAAGGAAAUGUUCUACAGAGCGGUAAAAAAUUGGGGUCACCAAGUCAUCGUGCAUCAGAAAACGAAUGUUCUGGUGGGUUACAAGACGGGACACAAGUCCUGGUCUCAGUGAAAUCCAGACCCAGGUCGGGUCGAUUCACCCCAGUGAAGGCCGACCCUGCUUUGGGAGAACAAGGAACUAGCCAGACUGAGGGCAGGAGAAAGGAUGAGGAGGUUCUUCAGACUCCCAAGGAGACCAUGGGUCCCAGCAUCCCUCCUAAGGAGAUGACAAGAACCAGGACCAUGGUCCAACAUUCCCCACACAAUGCCUCACGAAAACGUCAGAACGAAGACAUGCGUGUUCCCAGCGGAAGUGAGUCCAUGAAUCUGGAUCAAAGGGAAGGCUUUGGGACAGAUAACAAAACAUUUCCUCCUCGGAAGUUCUUAACCAGGAAUCAGACACCCACUAGAGUCGAAAAUGAUGAUAAUUUUGGAGCUACACCAGAAAAAUGCUUCUCCAAAAAGAGGGGGAGUGUUCCUACCAGUGUGGACAUUCUUACCACAGAACUGGAAACUCAGAAUCACACUGUUUUAGCUCCAUUGUCCGUUCAAGUUGAAAGGAAGAUUCAAAGCAUUUCCGUGCACCAGCCUGAGAAAGUGGGCACCACAGCCGGGCACUCGAGCUCUGGGUUCCCUGGUCGUAGUUCAGUUGAUAGCAACAACUUUGGUGACUCCAUUAAUAAGAUUGAGGGAACACCCCUAAAAAGAAGGCGGGUCUCCUUUGGCGGUUGUCUGAAGCCGGAGUUAUUUGAUGAGAACUUACCUCCUAAUACACCUCUUAAGAGAGGAGAAACACCGAGAAGUUCUCUCGCCAGCCACACUCCACCUGUCCUGAAGAAAAUCAUCAAGGAAUACCCUCAACCAUCAAGAAAAGAAGAUUCUUCAGAAAUCUGUUUGGAAGUGACUGCACAAGACCAGUGUAAAGGAUCUCCAGCUCAGAAUCCGACGCAGACUUCUCCAGUUGCAAAUGACGCCCGCCGCAGGUCAUGCAAGGUGUCCUCGGUCUCCAGUGGCAGCAAAUCUCAUCACACAGACAUUCCCAAGAGGGGAGGGAGGAAGAGCGGUACCUUGCCUUCAAAGAGAACUUCCAUCGAUCGAAGCCAACAUGAGAUCUUGCAGAGGAUUUAUUCCAAAAGAAGGAGUGGUGCUUCUGAAGCCAAUUUAAUCGUGGCAAAAUCGUGGGCAGAUGUCGUAAAACUCGGAGCCAAACAAACACAAGCUAGAGUGGUUAAACAUGGCCCCCAAAGGCAGCUGAGCAAAAGGCAGAGGAGAAUGAAUACUCCAAAGAAGGCUGUUAGCGAUGUUCACAAUCAAUUUAGCACAGGCCAUGCCAAUUCUCCUUGUACCAUAAUAAUAGGGAAAGCUCACAUUGAGAAAGUAAACGUGCCCGCUCGGCCCUACAGAAUGCUCAACAGCUUUGUAUUCAACAAAAAAAUGGACUUUAAUGAAGAUCUUUCAGGGUUAACUGAAAUGUUCAAGACUCCGGCGAAAGUGAAGCCACAAAUAAUGAGCCCAUGUCCCAACGCUUUUUCAAAUUCAGAGGAUUUCCUCGGAAAAAAGUUUCAAGUACCUAAUUCAGGAGAAAAACCUCUGCUGUGCACUUCAGAAACUUAUGGAGAGAAUGUAUUCCCCAUGACUCAGAAUGCUCCACAAGAGCCAUCCGAUCAAAGUCCUGCCAGCCCUGCCCUCAGACGACCGGCUAUUAGAGUAAACACAAACAUCGAGAAAACUCGAGGAUCGGAAGCAGAGCCUCUGAAGACGGCAUUAAGUGCAGACAGUUCCAGCCCCACCCCCUCCCCGGAUUCCAGUGCCGUGCAGAGAGACCAGGCUUCCGAGGGCAUGGUCAUGGUCCUCCCCGUCUUGGGUCUCCAGCACUGGCACAUGAGCAUCCAGUAA